AUGGACUCCCAAAUAGUUUCCCACCUCGCCCUUCACCACCAGCUCCAAAAAACCCUCGAGCAAAUCAACCUUCAAGAGCUACAACGACUUCACCACCAACAGAUCCUCGUCCUCAUCAACCAUCUUCACAAAAAUCUCCCAUCACAAGAAGAAGAAGAAGAAGAAGAAGACCAUCACCACUAUAACCUCCUGUUGUCGCAAAUCCACUCGCUCAAAUCCCAAAACGAAAAACUCAAACACCAAUUGGUCACCCAGAAAGCCGCGUUUGAAACCAAAUUGGACGCUCUCUCGAAAUCAAACUCUUUGCUCAAGGACAAGAUCGACACGUUAACCAAACAGAAAUUGGCCAACUUGAAAGGCUCGCCUAAGAGUAAUAGUAACAGCCAAAGCCGGUCGUAUAUCCCCAAAAAAGUCAGCAGCACCACCAAAUCGGAUUUCUCGACCACCCCAUACUUGCGGAAGUUUGCGGGCACCAUCCCCAUCCCCACUACCCCUCGAUCACCGUCGCCCACCAGGAUCUUUGCCUCGUCACCUAGUCGUUCUCACAAAUCCAUAAUCAUUGCUUCUCCAAUAACUACCACCAAUAAUAAACCACCGACGAUCAUUACCUCGACCCCACAAGGAGCUGUGGCCACAACAAACAACCAGAUCGUGUUGACAUCUUCAGGGUCUCCUAAACUAGCGUCGCUUAUCAAGUAUAAACAAAAGACGAAACCUCGAGGAUCGUCAUCCUCAAUGCGCAAGAGUUUGACUGGCGAUCCCAUUGGUGAUUAUCUCGUCGAUGACGAACACGAUUUGGUGGGCAAGAUCGAUAUCGACGCGCCAUUUGCGGCGAAGAAAAGACGGAAGUUGGGCAACAAGACGAUCAAUUUGUUGGAUGACGAGAGUAUGGGGGAAGGGAUGGAAGUGUUUGAGCAGGCGGCCAAAAGAAGCCGGAUGGUCACCAACACCCCGUUGGCGAAAGUGAAGUUGAUGGAUCGUCUUGGGGGGAUUAGUCCGUUGAAGAAGAAGAGUGCCAAGGUGUUUAGGAUAUGA